AUGGGAAAAGAAGACUUCAUCCGACAAAUCGAAAACUCCGUGGAGUUCAAAUUCCUCGAUAAAGUAGUCAAGGAAGAUGUCACACCGCAAGAUGCAGUCCAAGAAACCAUCAACAUGACCAUGAACGCAUUGUCCAUUCAUGGUCCAGACAAACACAACGGCGUCGGUCUCCCAGACUACAACAUCUCUCUUGCAGUAAUGGAGCUCGCUCAACGCCUGGAGCCAUCCAAACACACUAAGCUGGUUGAGUUUAUCUCUCAUCUCCAGAAGCAAGUUGCCGUUGAUCCAUCUACGAACAAACCCCUGAGGGUCCAGGAUGACAUCCUCUGGACAGGCAUGCCCUCAUUCGGCUACACGGAGCUUGAGACGUGGUACGAGUUUGGCGGUGAUUACAAAGACCCAUGUGAUGCAACCCUAGAUUCCCAGCAACGAGGUCGCUGGGUGAAUCUUAACGCUUUCCUCGCGCAGCUCACUCAGGCGGCAGAUAUUCACUAUACACCUCCCAAUGAAGAAGUGCCGUUUUCUCCCCUGGACACAUCACUACGAGCCAUCUGGACCAUGGCGAUGGCACUUGAAGGCCAGCACCCUGCGUUGCUCGUAGAUACGGCGGCGAUGGAGGCCGCUUGCCAGUGGUUCAUAUACGCUGCAGAGCGGCUGUGGGCGAAUGUGCUCAAUAGUCGCACGUAUCCUGAGGAGUCUGGCGCUGGGUCUGGGAAGAGGUUUGAAGAGAAGGGCUGGACGGGCUAUACGCGGGAGCGAUGGGGAACCUGGGAGGAUGCGCUGAAGGAGGCUCGGGCUGAAUGCCAAGAUGAGCGGUUAGGGAAGCUGAUUGAUGAUGCUUUGGCGAGUGCGAGAAGGGCAAUGGCAAGUCAAUAG